AGCAGAGCCAGCGCCGCCGAGGCCCCGGGCCCCAGACCCCGGCGUCGGCGGCGGCCGGGACGGCAGGGCGAGGGCCGGCGGCCUGAGCGCUCCCCGUAGCUCCGCUCUCGGACCUCCGCGGGCCUCGACGGCCCCGGCGCCCAACUUUCCCCCCUCCCCUCCCCGCCCUCGAAACUCCAGCAACAAAGAAAAGUCGCCGGAGAAGGAGCGGCGGCGCCGGGCCGCCCGCCCCUGCUCGCCGGGGGAGGCCGAAUACAGUUAUGGCCACCCAAGUAAUGGGGCAGUCUUCUGGAGGAGGAGGGCUAUUCACCAGCGGUGGCAACAUUGGCAUGGCCUUGUCUAACGACAUGUAUGACUUGCAUGACCUCUCCAAAGCUGAACUGGCUGCACCUCAGCUUAUCAUGUUGGCAAAUGUGGCCUUAACUGGGGAAGUAAAUGGCAGCUGUUGUGAUUACCUGGUUGGUGAAGAAAGACAGAUGGCCGAAUUGAUGCCUGUUGGAGAUAACAACUUUUCAGAUAGUGAUGGAGAAGGUCUUGAAGAGUCUCCUGAAAUAAAAGGUGAACCCAGUGGACUGGAAAAUGUGCAACUGGAAAGUUUGGAACUCAGUGUUGUAGAACCACAGCCUGUGUUUGAGGUAUCAGCAGCUGCUCCAGAAAUUUACAGUUCAAAUAAAGAACUUCCUCCUGAAACACCUGGAACAGAGGACAAAUGCAAGAACUUGAAGACCAAACCCUUUCGUUGUAAGCCAUGCCAGUAUGAAGCAGAAUCUGAAGAACAGUUUGUGCACCACAUUAGAGUUCAUAGUGCCAAGAAAUUUUUUGUGGAAGAAAGUGCAGAAAAGCAAGCAAAAGCCAGGGAAUCUGGUUCUUCCACUACAGAAGAGGGAGAUUUCUCCAAGGGCCCCAUUCGCUGUGACCGCUGUGGGUACAACACUAAUCGAUAUGAUCACUAUACUGCUCACUUGAAACACCACACUAGAGCUGGAGAUAAUGAGAGAGUCUACAAGUGUAUCAUUUGCACUUAUACCACAGUAAGUGAAUAUCACUGGAGGAAACAUUUGAGAAACCAUUUUCCAAGAAAAGUAUAUACAUGCGGAAAAUGCAACUAUUUUUCAGACAGAAAGAAUAAUUAUGUACAGCAUGUUCGAACUCAUACAGGAGAACGCCCAUAUAAAUGUGAACUUUGUCCUUACUCAAGUUCUCAGAAGACUCAUCUAACUAGACAUAUGCGUACUCAUUCAGGUGAGAAGCCAUUUAAAUGUGAUCAGUGCAGUUAUGUGGCCUCUAAUCAACAUGAAGUAACCCGACAUGCAAGACAGGUUCACAAUGGGCCUAAACCUCUUAACUGCCCACACUGUGACUACAAAACAGCAGAUCGAAGUAACUUCAAAAAACACGUCGAGUUACAUGUUAAUCCACGGCAGUUCAAUUGCCCUGUAUGCAACUAUGCGGCUUCUAAGAAGUGUAAUCUGCAGUAUCACUUCAAAUCUAAGCAUCCUACCUGUCCUAAUAAAACAAUGGAUGUCUCAAAAGUGAAACUAAAGAAAACCAAAAAGCGAGAGGCUGACUUGCCUGAUAACAAUGUUACCAAUGUAAAAACAGAGACAGAGCAGACAAAAAUAAAGGGGGAUGUGGCUGGUAAGAAAAGUGAGAAGUCUGUAAAAGUGGAGAAAAAGGAUGUUUCAAAAGAGAAAAAGCCUUCUAGUAAUGCCUCAACUCAUGUGACUACCAGAACUCGCAAAUCAGCAAUAGAAGCUAAAGAUGUGGAUGCGCAUAUAGGAAGUGGUUCAGAAAAAACGUGCAAAACCAAGAAAAGCAAAAGGAAGAUGGAAACUGAAGCCCAUUCCUCACAGUAUCCUGUUAAUGAUGAAGAACCUGUGACAAAAAAGAAAAAGAAGGCAGAAAGCAAAUCUCCAAAUAGUCAGGAAGUCCCAAAAGGUGAUAGUAAAGUAGAGGAGAGUAAAAAGCAAAGUACUUGUGUGAAAAAAAAUACAAAGAAGAAAACUCAGAAAAAUAAAUCAAAUAAAAAAAACAGCAAGCCUACUCAGAAGGAGACCGUCCCACAGGAGCCUGCUGAGAGGGAACCUCCUGCUGAGAGGGAGCCUCCUCCUGUGGGGCCUGUUCAGACAGAGCUGCCUCCUCCCAUUGAGCCUCCUCCAGUGGAGCCUGCUCAGACAGAGCCUCCUGCUGCUGGGGGGCCUGCUCAGAUGGAUGUUGUUCAGGAGGGCCCUGUUCAGAUGGAACCUCUUCCUCCCACGGAACCGCCUGUUCAGAUAGAGGCAACUCCUAAAAAGUCUCCGCCUGUUCAGAUGGAGGCAACUCCUAAAAAGUCUCCGCCUGUUCAGAUGGAGGCAACUCCUAAAAAGUCUCCUCGAAAAGAUAAGAAAGAAAAAUGUAAUGAGCAGAGUGAAAUGGCACGGAAGGAGCAAGUUCUCAUUGAAGUUGGCCUAGUGCCUGUUAAAGAUAGCCAGCUUCUCAAGGAGAGCGCAGGUGCACAGAGCCCCUCACCACCCUCUCCACUGCUGCCAAAGGAAAACUUAAAAGAGGAGUCAAAAGACCAAAAAUUAGUCACAGAAGGCAAAGGAAAUAAAGAAUCCCCUCUUGAAAAAGAAGCAGAAGAGGCAGAUCAAAGUCUUGCUGGUCUUGCUGCUAUUACAGAGGAAUCUACCAAUACUUCAUCCUCUGAACAAAACUUGAAUAUGCCGGAGGAAGAAACUUUAGAUGGUAAGCAUCAGGCUGACACUGUGCUUUCCGAAAUGGAAAUGGAAGUGGACACUGAUGAGAACAAAAAAGAGAAGCUACUUGAUCAAGACAUAGCAUGUGAAGAACCAGUUUCACCACUGCUGCUUCCUCUCCCAAUGGAACAGCACGAAGCAGUGUCCAAAACCGCCGUGGCAUCCCCUCCUGCUACUACAGCAGUAAAUGAGUCUCAGGAAAUAGAUGAAGAUGAAGGCAUCCAUAGUCAUGAUGGAAGUGACCUCAGUGACAACAUGUCAGAGGGUAGUGAUGAUUCUGGAUUGAAUGGGGCUCGGCCAGUUCCACAGGAAAAUAGUAGGAAAAAUGGAAAGGAAGCCUUGACAGUCAAAGAGGCUGAGGGAGAUUUUGUUUGUAUUUUCUGCGAUCGGUCUUUUAGGAAGGAAAAAGAUUACAGCAAACACCUCAAUCGCCAUUUGGUCAAUGUAUACUUCUUAGAAAAAGCAGCUAAAGGACAGGAGUAAUUAAACUUUGGACAAGGCUUCAGUUCUUAGUUUGUAAGAUCUACUACAUUUUAUAUUCAUUUAUACUAGUCAAUAUCCUUUCAUUUUUAAAAUCGCUUUAAUUAGUGUCCAGUGUUGAUUUUUUUAAAUGGCACUCUUUUCUUAGGACUCUGUUUACUUGUUAAUGUAUACAUUUUAGCAAAUCCAAGGGAGUUAGUCUACUAAACCAGCAGACACCUAAAUCUGUUAGUUCAUUUAAUUAAAAGAAGGCCAAGAUGGUGUUAGAGCAUUCUGUUGCUCUGUCCAGCUGUAACUGUUUUUUCUCAUGUCAGUCUUCCUGUUUUACUUUCACUUAUUCUUAGUUUCUUGUUUAGCGCUAUAAAAAUUGGCAUAAAUAGCAAAUUACUUGAAAGAUUUGCCUGCUUUAUAUAAAGUUAGCACUUUAAAAUUUUUUUAGAGAUGAAAAGAGACAUUUAAAUUGAGGAAAACUUCUCCCAACAAUGGACAUUGUAUUAGUCCAGGUAUUUACUUUGAGUUUUGAUCAAUAUUUCUUAUUUGUGUGUGUUAAAUUGUCGUAAAAACAAUGAUUUUGGUGUGGUUUGGGUUUUUUUUUUUUUUUUUUUGGUGCUUUAAUGGCUUAAAAUGUUGCACAUUUUUUUUUUUAACCUAUGCAGUUAAAUUUUUUCUAGAUAUAGCAUUUGUGUUGAACAGUAACACUUUAUACAUAUAUAUGCAUGUUUAUUUUGGCCUCUUUGGAGGGGUGCUUUUUAGUAUUGUUUGCAAAAGGGCAGUUUUCUUUUCCUUUGCUGCAUUUGUCUUUUUUGCAGAAUAGUGUGUGCAAGUUUGUGAGCAAAUGAAACAUAGGUUCAGUCCUUUGAUUUUUUCACAUCAUAUCUAUGCCAGAAUCUGUAUUCAUAUAAAUUAUUUAUUUUAAAUGGAUGUAGUAAAUUCACAGCUCUUAGUUUGAACAUUGCAAUAAAUGAACCACUAGGUUAUAUAUAGAGCGGAUUUUUAUCUCAAUGCCAACCAUCAGUAAAUUUUUUUGACCUAUUUUGGUACCUAAAAUAUACUUCCUAAAUGUUCAGUCAUAUCUUUGAGGAAAAUGUUUUUACAUAGAUGGUUGGUAUCUUUCUGGCUACUCAGCUGAAUCGUGAACUGCAAACCUGGAAUUAGGAGAGAUAAUUACUCCAAGUUAUACAUAAUAUUAGGAGACUCCAAAGCCAUAGCUAUUAUACUGAAAACUUAGGAUCAGAAAGGUAGUAUGACUGCUGGUAGACCAGCUGCUACUUCCUAUGAAUACAAUGAAAAGCCUGUUGAAACUUAAGUACGGUCCAGAUUUUUAGAAAAAUCACACUUUCUCAGGGAUCUCCACAAACUAGUGGGUGUCCUGGCUGUCUCUGUGACAGCCUCUUUCUACAGGUGAGGCCUCAAAUGAAUUGCAGCUAUCCUGGUGUUCCUGUGGGAGCACUUCAUAUGAAAAAGGGGGUUGUACUCCCAAGCUUUUUCUGGUAGGUUCUUUGGUUAGUUGCCAAAGAAUUUGAAAGAAUCCAACAUAGGAUUUUUCUUGCUGGUAAGUAAUUCAUUGUGGUAGAACAAAGUAUGACCCCAGUAGGGAAUCUUGACUAAUUCUGAUCUCCCAUGUUCUAUUCUGAAAUAGCCAGCUGAUAAUUUCAUUUUUUUCCCCUAUUGAUUUCUUUGAGGCAAUUUUCAUAUUUUGGUAGUACACCAAGAAAGAUUGGGAAAGGUAUUGAAGUGUGGGUGGAAAAUCUGAGGUUGAAGUUUGAGUUACAGGACAUUUGAAUUGACUGGGAGGCCAAAGAUUUAAAGAAGCAGAAUAUUCUCUUAAGACAUGAGGAGUUAAGUGUGUGUUAAUGGUGUGUGUUUUGUGUGCAUGAAUGGAAAUUAGUAAAUGAUGUAGAAUUCUCAGCUCCGACAAUCAUUGUCAACAGAAGAUCAAGCUGCAAAUAUUUAUGUAUUAAAAGUUAAAUUAUAAAGCUAGUUAAAUCUUUCUAACAACUAGUUUUAAUGUUCAUGGUACAUUUUACGUAAGUUACCCUUUUACGUUAUAUAUGAAAAGAUUCAUGUUAAGUACAGAUUAGAAAUUGGCAAUCAGUUUAGAGGUUUUGUGGAUUCUUUCAUUCUACAAAAGACAAAUUAACUUCUGGGGAAUUGGACUGAUUUAUUAUCUAGUUUUAAGACUAGAAUUCAAAAAUAAGAAAUUUUAAACCCCAUAUUGCUAAAUUGAUCUGUGAAAACAUUGUUACUGGAAAUUAAGUGGAAUUUGAGGCCUUUCUUCCAGAAAACAAGGACUUGAUUGUCAGGCCUAUAUUAGGUUCUGAACCUUAAUGCCAUGUGUUUGUACUUAUUAAAAAUUGUUUCAAUGAAAAACAUUUAUAAUGUGAACUUCUGUUUUAGUUGGGAGUUCUUCCAUUUGAAAAAUGUGAUAUUUGCAUGGAACUGUUUGAAUCCUUUUGUUUUCUCAGUUUUCCCUCCACUGGAUAGAAUUAAAGCUAGAAUUUUUUCCCCUUUUGAUAAAAGAAUUAAAAGUGGACAUGUUAUUUGUAAAGUGAUAUUUAGUAACUAGAAAUAAACUUGAAAUGCUAGAAUACAUUAUAAGCCUAAUCUUAGGUAGUCUUAUGAAAAUGUAUCUCUUAUCUUUUGAACCUAUAUUCACAUUGGUUUUUCAAGAUAUUUUAAGUUAUAUUUCUUCCUCUUUUCAGAGCUGCUGCUUUGGGCUACUCUUUUUGAAGUAUAAUUUACAAUGGGCUACAUUUUUUGAUAAGGCUUCUUCUAAUUAUGGCUGGAUGUUUUGCUCUAGUCUUCCAGGAAGGACCAUUUUAUUAUUAUUUUUUCUAGCGUCAUUUCUAAACUCAUGUGGUCUCUGACUUUGGGGGCUGUUAUGCAUAUGAGUGCUAAUACAAAUUUAAACCCAAGUAGACCUCAUCACAUGAAUGUUGACAGUGGAAGGAAUAACUUGACUGUAGUAUAUCAGUUCUGGACUGAAAACCUGGGGAAGAAAGUUUUCUUUUUUGCAUAAGGGAGGAAAAGUGUCUUUCCCUUGUUGACCUCAGCAGAUAAACUGAGCUGAUAGUGUUAAUUCAGAUUCAAGAAGUUAUCUGAAUCUUGGUUUGUGUAGAUUUGCAAUCUACAUGCAAUAGUAACUAAAUCACAUAGCUUUUACAGUUUCAUAAGUGUACAUAGGCGCUCUCUACCCUUUUAAACAUCCAUUAGUUAUUGAAAUUUGUAAGCUGGCGUUGAAACAUUACAGCAAUGUUUUGUUGCACCAAUUUUAUAUACUUUUACAGUGCAAUACGUGUUACUUUUCAGAGACAAACCAAAGGUUAAUUUCUCAAGGUUAUUGCUGCCUGCUUUAGCAGCAUUUGAUGGAGGAUCUUUUAUAUUCACUUGUAGUAGAUGAAAAAUAAACCAGAUUGCAAAUACUUGUUUUUAAAAAAGCUUAAACCAUGUACCAAGUUUUUGGUCCAAAUUGUGUAGGAUAAGUUAAACUUAAAUUGCAUUCUAUUAACCAAUAUGAGUGUAUUUCUGUAAGCAUAGUUAUGUUGAAAUAAAGUUUUAAAAAGCAUUUUAUGCCUUUGUUUAUUUUUGAUAU